UAUGAUGCAUCAAUCAUCUUAAUUCCACACCACGCUGUUUAACUUAUUAUGGAUUUAGCCGAUCAAAUCGAUGAUUAUAUUUGUACAUUUGAAGGUCUUGGUGAUAUAACAAUGGAUUCAUUAGCUAUGUUCAUAUUUAUAUGGGCCGUUCUGGCUCUGUUCUUAGUAUGGCUGUGUAAAUUUUUAUACCAGAAAUAUAUGGUUAAAGAAAAGCCCGCCAGUGCCAGUAAUAGUCGACAGAGCAGUGUUGCACCUGGUGGCGCCGGUAUUAAAACUGAAAAGCGUUUAUCGGAACCCCGUGAUAUUUUGGCUAGUAAAAGUGAAAUUAAAGAUUUACUAAGUAAACCAUCGGCUGGUGGUGUUGGUGGAGGACGUGGUCGUACCCCCGGCCCGGGUGGUAUUGGCGGUGUUGGUGGUAGUCUGGGUAUGGGUGGUGCGGGUGCACGUAGACGUGUGGUGCGCCAGAGUUCGACCGGACCGGAAAAUCGUAAAAAGCGUUAUGUACCACCACCAUCAAAUGUUGUUGGACCCGAAACAACUUCCGUAACCUGGACCAGCCAAGUUUUCCGUUGGCUCUACAGCGAUUUGGUUAUUGUCAAUGAAUUGCUUAUGGCCUGGGUGAUUUCCUUAAAUGAUACCCUACGCAAAAACACUGAUGAGCAACAACCCAUUGCUGUUGAAAUUGUACGCGUCCUGCCAGACAGUCCACCACCAGCCUUGAGUAAUAUCUUUUGUAAUGCCGAUGAAGCCAAUCCCGCUGAUAUGCUAAUCACCUUCGAUUGUGAUGCCAUGCCCGUUUUCCAAGUGAAAGCUUUCCGUCAGAAAUCUGGAAAGGUUGAAACAUCUCACUACAAGCUGACUGUGUCCAGAUUUAGGGCUCGCAUUGCCAAUGCCAUGAACUACAAUACAUUGAAGGGUGAUAUGCGUGUUGAAGGUUUCCCAGAUAUCCGCAUUUCCAUGAACAGUGUUGGCGCCAUUAAGCCCAUGGACCAAGAGGAAACACAAGUUCAAGCCGCCAUCUCGGAAAUGAUGACACGUGCCUUACGUGAAACCAUAUAUCCCGUGGAUUUCUCCAUUUACACGACCUGUCCCCGAGCUGAAGUUGAACCUAUGGAUUUACCUGUAAUAUAUCCAAUGCCAUAUGAAACAGUGGCGGUGAGCAACAACAUGGACUUUGGCUCCCAGGGACCAACGCCAAUGAUAUCGGGUCGUCGUUUGCUGGUUAAAAUUGUCAAGGGCGAAGGUUUGAAGGAUGCCCGUGAUCCCUAUGUUGUUGUUGAAAUGGAUGAGCCGCCACAAAAGAAUCAAACCGGUGCCCGUCAGGGCAACCAACCCUAUUGGGAUGAACAUUUCUUAUUCGAUUUGUCACCACAAUCUGCCGAGAUCCUCUUUGAAGUCUAUGAUCGUCCUGCUGAUGCCACAGAAGCUCCCAAGUUUUUGGGCCUGGGUUUGGUAGGCAUUGAUGAAUUGGCCGUGGGCCCUGCCUCAACGCAGGUACUAGCCUUGCAACCACGCCCCUAUGAAACACAACAAGUCUCCGGUUCCAUAACCGUUGACUUUGUUUUCAUUGAAGGUGCCGAAAUACCUGCCGGCCCUAGACCAUAUAAACUGAAAGAAGCUCUGCACAUUAGUACGCCGAGUAUAAAUGAGCACAUGAAGAAUGGUUCGAAUUUGGCUGAUGCUGCUGUACGCGCCUUACAGGAGGGUGCAUUAAAUACCAACGGUCAACCCAGUAAGAGUACAUUGAUAAUCCAUAGUGUUCAGAGGAAUUCAAGCAAUCCAAAUGCAUUUAAGGUCGAAGUCAAUAAAGAUGGACAAAUCGAAGUUAAAGAAUCUCAAGAUGUUUUAAAUGCCGCCGUCUCAAAGGCCUUGGAAAGCCCUGGACAGGAGGCGACAAACGAAUCUACAACUAUGCCUAUCGAUAGCUUAGAGAAUAUCGAACAAAUCACACAGGAUACAUCAGUGACGACAGAUAUAACUGCUAGCCCCACUGAUUCGUAUCCACAAACCGAGUGCCUAAAUGAAAAACCGUCCUUAGAUAACACCACAGGUAACGAUAGUGCUCUGGGAGAUUCCACCACAGAGUACGGUCAACCGAAUGCUGCCUCCUCGCCAAAUGGUCACAACAAUUAUCAACAGAAUGGUGCCUCAAUGGGUGGCUAUUCACCUAGUAACAACAACAACAAUAACAAUUCAUAUUCAAAUAAUGGCUAUUCGAGCAACAGCUUACCUCGCAAUGGUGUCAUGAACCAACAACAACAACCGCUGUCCUCGCCACCAAAUUCCGAUCUGGACGAUCGUGGCCGCAGUAAGAAACGCAAUUUCUUUGGUACUUUGAAAAAACGUUUAAGCCGUUCGAAGACACGCACUCAUUCGGCCGAUCAUGGCGCCUUGGCGUCACAACAACAACAUCAAUCAAAUCAAACAACAACCCCAACAGGAACACUUAAUGGUGAUUCACGUUCAUUAUCUGUCGAUCGUGCUGUUUUGUCCAAAAGCAAUUCACUUGGUCGCUCGGGCAUGUCACCCACUUUAGAUCACUCAAGACGCUCUUCAAUUUCAGAGUCUUCAGCAAUCUCAGGUUUCUCUUCGGCCAGCACAAAAACCUAUGUUCACGAAGCAUCCACACUGGUACUGGAGACCAUUGAAAAUGGCAUUAAGAGACACUUCAUUGUGCCUCUAAAUAUCGCACAACGUCCCAGAUGGCGCCGUAAGGGAACAAAAUUGCACAUCUACAAUGAUCACACCUUUAUUGCCAAGCAUUUAAGCGGCGGUGGCUUGCAAUGUUCGAUAUGUAUGAAAUCAAUACCCCGACGACCUGGCAAACAGGGUUAUGAGUGUCGUGACUGUCAAUUAAUUUGUCACAAACAGUGUCAUGUCCGUGCACCACAAGCCUGUCCCAAUCCAACUGUACUCUCGAUGGAAUUAUCAAAACUUAAUUCAGCAGCAGCAGAUCGAAGCAUUAGAAAAUUAUGAGCAUCAAAAAAGCGGAAAUAGAACUUAAAACGAAAUAAUAGUUUUCUAAUGGAAUAACAAACAAACACACACACAC